CGAAUCCCGCCUUCUUCCCGUCCAUCAAUCCGUUGUCUUCAUACUGCUCUAUCCCACCUCUACCACACCCCCUUCACACACAAUGGUCGACUUACAACAAGUAGCUGACUAUUCCGAGGAACUCAACAUCGACACCACCCUCCUGUACAGCUACAUCGAACGACAUGGUGAUCGGGACAUAGACUCACUACGAGAACUCUCCCCAGAAGAACGCGCCAGCUCGCGCGUCCUCUCGCUCAUCUUCGAGCAGGAACAACUUCAGCCCUAUCUCCGAUGGCGGGCCGACAGGCAGGACCGGAUUCAGGUUGAUUACAGCAACUACACCAUCCCGGACAGCUUCGGUGCCGAGUCAGUCUCAGGCAAUGAGGACGCGGCCGCGACGGAGGACUGCGAGGUGAUCAUGCCCGGCUAUAACGCGGGAUUUUCGUUGCACCGCGACAAGGCAAUCUUCAUCCCUGCCCUGCGGGAGGAGAUGGCUUCUGUGUUCGAGAGCCGUGGUAGUGGCUGGACUGUUCUUUCGCUUGGGGUCGUAGCCCAUGAUACCACGCUGUAUUUGCUGCUUCCGACGGCGCUGGUCCACGAUUACCGGGCCCGAGUGGAGGAUCGGAUUAAUGGUGACUGGGUGGAUACGGAUGUUGCUGAUCCGACCUUUGAUGAUCAGAUUGAGGGAUUGAAACGGUGGGCACCGGAGAGGACCCGGUUCGUGGGCCGUCGGGUGGAUGUUCAUGGCGAUGCAGGGUCGCAUGUUUGUGAUCGGGUUAAGGAAGUGCUGGUGGCUGCCGUUGUUGACAGCAGUUUGCCACCUCCCAUUACCUGCACGAUUGUGGAGGCGGGCCAUGAGGUCCUGCAGGUGCUGGACACGCAUAUGAAGCGCUUGACUGACUGGUGGCGACCGAGUAAGGACAUGUCCAAGGAGCAGACACUGGGGAUGGCGAAUUAUGAUACGAUGGAGGAAUAUGAGACCCCGAAUUACCAUGAUGAAGUUCAUUGCAAAUCCCCAGAGGAGGGAACGUAUAACGCACCAUCCGAGCAGCGCGAGGUCUAUGUCAAGUAUCGGGUUCGUGGAGGCUACAUGCUGAGUAAUGGGAAGUUUGCUCGUGAUAAUGCCUGGGGGUAUAACCCCUACACGAGCAGUUUUCUGAGCAUUAGGAAGAUAUUUGGGAUUAACUAGUAUAUGAUUAUCUGAUCGAGCAAAAUGAGGUAAUGACAUAGUACUCCAGAAUCCAGACAUGUGUACUCACGGAUUCAUCGAUUCUGCUAUAAUAUUUCUUUCCGGGUGGCCACG